AUGUCUGACGCAGCGCGAGAGCAGGAGGAGCACGUGGAAGACGAGGAGGAGGAUGGACCCGCAGAACGAGAUGGAGGUGAGUCUCGGUUCUACGAAAUUCCAUGGCUGCUCGAUGUCACCACUAUACUGCCAGUGCACUCUCAGCACAUUGCUCCAAAAAUCCCAGAAGGCCAGCGAGUGGACUUUGAUGACAUCCACAGGAAGCGGAUGGAGAAGGACCUGCUGGAGCUGCAGACACUGAUCGAAGUCCACUUUGUCCAGAGGAAGAGAGAAGAGGAGGAGCUGAUCAUGUUGAAAGAGAGAAUUGAGAACCGCAGGGCUGCGCGGGCCGAGCAGCAGAGGGUUCGAGCGGAGAACGAGAGAGUCAGGCAGGCGAGGAUUGCGGAAGAGCGACAGAGGAAGGAGGACGAGGAGGCAAAACGCAGGGCUGACGACGAGGCGAAGAAGAAGAAGGUCCUGUCCAACAUGGGAGCGCAUUUCGGAGGAUUUCUAGCUAAGGUGGAGCAGAGGGGACGUGGGAAAAGACAAACGGCGAGAGAGAUCAAGAGGAAGACUCUGGCUGAGAGACGCAAACCUUUCGCGAUUGACCACCUGAGAGAGGACGGCCUGAGAGAGCAGGCUAGAGAGAUGUGGGAGUGGAUCCACCAGCUGGAGUCGGAGAAGUUUGACCUCAAUGAGAAGAUCAGGAGACAGAAAUACGAGAUAGUCGUACUUCUCAAUCGCAUCUCCCACGCGCAAAAAUUUAAGAAGGGGACGGGCAGCAAGGGCAAAGUGGGAGGGCGCUGGAAGUGACGCGAAGGAAAGCACGGAAAGAUAUUUAACGCGUGGAAAUUUGUAUUAGGGGAACAAUGAGCUUGUUGGUUAAAAGUGAUCAUAUAUCCGUUUAUUUACAUUUGGUGUCUGUAGUUGUAAUGCUACUCAAGAAAUACAGAAAUAAAUGUGAUGUCAUUACAUCCAGCUCGACACUUCUACAGUAUGACUGAUUUCCUUCUUCCAGCGGUGUGUUAAUAGUAAUAAACUGUGUUAAAAGUG